AUGGGCUGCGCAGGAUCCACGCCCGUCGACCACGAAGCAGAGGCUCGCAAUGCCGCCAUCGAGAAGACGCUCGCGCAGGACCGCGAGAACCAGCGGCGAGAGAUCAAGCUCCUCUUCCUCGGCGCCGGCGAGUCGGGCAAGAGCACGAUCAUGAAGCAAUUCUCGCUUGCCUACGGCAAGCCGUUUACGGACCAGGAGCGCCUCGACUUCCGGGACGUGAUUUACGACAACUCGCUUCGCUCGAUGCAGGUCGUCGUCGACGCGUUCGACAUGCUCGGCAUCGACGUCCCGCCUGCGCUCAACGCCGAUAUCGAGCUCGUCAUGUCGUUCGGCGACGAGCCGGAGCUCGCGGCGCAGACGGGCGAGCUCUUGCCGGACGUGGCCAGGGCGCUGUCGGCGCUGUGGGACUUUGACGGAGCCAAGGAGGCCGUCGACAUGGCGCACGAGUUUCAGCUGAACGACUCGGCACCCUACUACUUCAACAACAUCGCUCGACUAGCCUCGCCUGGCUACAUCCCGUCCGACCAGGACAUCUUGCGUUCGCGCGUCAAGUCGACGGGCAUCUCGGAGGUGUCGUUGAACGUGCACGGCACCACGUACCGCAUGUGCGACGUCGGCGGUCAGCGCUCGGAGCGCAAGAAGUGGGUCCACUGUUUCAGCGACGUCGAGGUCCUCCUUUUCGUCCUCGCGAUCAGCGAGUAUAACCAGAUGCUGUACGAGGACGAGUCCGUGUCGCGCAUAGCCGAGGCGACGACGCUGUGGCAGUCGAUCUCGAACUCGAAGUGGUUCGCCAACGCGAGCACGAUCCUCUUCCUCAACAAGAUCGACCUGUUCCGCCAGAAGCUCGAGCUGUACCGACUGAGCGACUACGUCCCCGAGUACACGGGCUCGAACAGCUACGAGGCGACGACGCUGUGGCUGUCGCAGCACUUCUCGAGCCUGUACGAGAACAAGCGCCGGGCCCUUAUCCUCCACCUCACCUGCGCAACAGACACGACUCAGAUCCGUACCGUGCUCGCUGCUGUGCAAGAGCAGAUUCUUGCGAACAACCUCUUGAACGCCGGUAUGAUGUAG